CAAAAUUCUUUGCUGUUAUUUCCGCAACCGUCUAAUUGAAAAAAGACGUUCAGUUAUAUUGAAUUUUCUUACGCAGUGUAAACUUGCAGAAAUCGUUGGAAAUCGUUGGAAAUCUAAUCAAAGUGUUUCAAAAGACGACAUAUUCAAGAAAGAAAGAUGGAACCGACUCUACCUAACAGUGCUGAUAAAGAGAAUUUUGGAUACAUUCAAGAUUACCCUCCAAACUAUCCAUCACAACCUGGCUAUAUCUCUGAGCAAAAACCUGGUGACCAUCCACCACAACAACAACAGCCUGUUUAUCCCGCUCCAAACUUACCACCUCCACGUUUCCCUAUGCAAGCCUUCCCUGCUCAUUCACCUGGGGGAAUGAUACCUCAUUCACCUGGGGGAAUGAUACCACAGCAAGGUACAAGCAAUACCACAGUUGUUCUGCUGAACCAACCGGCAGUUGGAGCGACCAUUCCAGUGGUGAACGACCAUUUGAGUUUGUCCAUUUUUGCUUGCGCAUGCUGUUUUUGCCCACUUGGUAUUGUUGCCCUCGUCAAGUCUAUAGAGUCAAGGAAUCGUUAUGCAGCUGGUGAUUAUGCAGGUGCUAUGAACUCUGCACAAACCGCAAAGAAUCUGGCAAGAAUUUCCAUUGUUCUGGGCGUCAUUAUUUCCACUGUUGUCCCUGUCGUACGUAUAGCUAGAGCAGGCCGUUGAGAUUGUCAAGAAAACAUUCAAGUAUAGUUACAAAGUUGUGAUUAUAGUUCCUUAAAUAAUUUUGUUGGUUUUACUAGUCAAGUAUAGAAACAGUAGUUCAUAUUGUAUGCGUUACUACAUGACACUGCAAGAAACUGCAAUGGUGUAAAGGUUUUUGAUUUGAUUUCGAGAGACUUAUUAAACGUUUUCCACAUAA